GAACCAUGGCCAAUUUAAAAAAUGAAGUUCAAAUGUCAAAAGAGGAAAAAGAAGAAUCCAAGAUUCAUUUAGAUUUUAUUGAAAAAGUGAGAGAAUUGGGCAAAGAAAGAUUAGAUACAAGAACCAAUAAUAAACAACUAAACGAUGAAAGGAUCAAGAGAAGACAGCAAAAAAAUUUACAAUCAAGUAUAAAUCAGGAAAGUGAACUUGAAUUGCUAAACAACAAAGCAUGCUUAGGCUAA